ACACUUGUAAGCCCAGUUUCGAGUGCGGAUCCUUUCCACUACGUGUGGCUUCACCGACUCUGUAUUCCCUCGUUGAGUGGCAGACUGACCGCUUUGGCAUGCACAGACGGAAAGGAAGCUUCAUCAGUUGUCCUACAGUACCAUAGAGAAGGAGCUCUUAAGUUUGGUUCUUGCUCUCCAAAAGUUUGAAUGUUAUCUACAAGGAGCUCCCGUCAUCCAUGUCUAUACAGACCACAACCCCCUCACCUUUCUUGAGCGCACCAAGGCCCAUAAUCAGCGCUUACUAAGAUGGGCUUUAUAUCUUCAAAACUUCAACCUUCAAAUAAAGCACCUCAAGGGCAGCGACAACGUAUUUGCUGAUGCCUUGUCACGGGCCCAUUCUCAACCUUCUCAGGAGAAGGAAGGUGUUUAACUUUGAUCAAGCCACUCCGCUGGGCUUGAUCCUCUAUGGGGAGGGCCAAAAGGAUAAUAAUCCGCGUUAAGAGAGGGGAGAGACAUCCUUUCUUAGUAUAUGGGACUUCUGAUCCUCUUUGACUGUUACAUCCUACAUCAAGUGUUAAGUCAUCCCAGGUAACGAGGAGAGAGCGAAAGAAAGAAACAGAAAGGCGACUCAUUGUCACAAUGGAACAACUAUCCAUCAUGCCCGAGGUUGCAGAUCUUUCUAGAUCAAGCCUUUCUGAGAGAAUUAUCAAUUCCUGGAACAGGACAAGUGGAUCCGAGAAAAUUUUAAUCAUGGUGUGCGCCGUCCUCUCCCUCAUGUUCCUGGGCUUCACCGUAGGCGUGAUUGCAUUGACGGCGACAGAACAAGAAUGUGAAGAUUACAUCUCUCUCCUGAAACAAAAGCUGGAUGACUGCAGGGGGAUACUGGACAUUACGACAACUAAGCCACUUACGCUGUUUACUGGAACAGCAAAAAGACUUUCAAAUAAGAUUUAUUUCCUGAAUGACAAUUUUUGAUGCCAACAUUCCUCGAAUUUCUAACUAAAUAUCACGGACGAAUGUUUCAGGUUUAAUGACAAAUAUGCAAACAGAUAUUCAGUGUUCAAGCAGGUUCUCUACCCCAACCCUUAUAACUGGAACAACGAAAAGACUUUCAAAUAAGAUUUAUUUCCUGAAUGACAAUUUUUUAUGCCAACAUUACUCGAGUUUCUAUUUAAAUAUCACGGACGAGUGUUUCAGGUUUGAUGACAAAUAUACAAACAGACAUUCA